AUGACUGGACGCGGAAGACAGCACGAUGAAAAAGGAGAUCUCAGUCCUCUGUCGUCGCCCGCUCUCGGUGCACUUUCGUCUUCACCGGAACAGACCAUAUUCAAUCUCAAAGAUCGAAGCGAUGGGAAUCUCUCUAUUCCCUCUCCCGGAGACCCGUUGAGGCUCUCAAUGGAUACCUCGACUUCGUCGAAUGACUAUGAUCAGCUCAGUCGGUCACCUUUACUCGAGCCUGACGCUGGUCUCGGUCCCUCCGGCUUAGACCGUAUACGACAGCAGCCGCUAUCUCGAGUAUUUACGCUUCCAAACCCUUCCACGUCGUCUGUGGGCCAGCACAAUUCUCCCCCGCAUCGGUCGAGUGUGUCUUCCAGAGCUCCAUCAGUAUAUGGCCCAACAGCAGGCGGAUCAAUACCUCCCUUCGAAGAUCUACACCGCUUCCCUUCCGAAUCUCUGCAUUCGUUCUCUUUCGCUCAGCGGUCCGAGGAAUUGCUUGCUACUCGACAGAACAUUCUCAAGCGGUCAAUAGAUUUUAUGAAAGAUCGAUUGGGUUGGGCGGCUACUAGUCCCGGAGUUGUCAAUGCUCAGGCUCGAAUAAGUGGCGACAGCGAAUUCCAGGGUAUGGUCGAUCUGCUAUCCAAAGCUAGUGUGUUGGACCGAGAUUCACAAGGCCGACAAUCAGGCAGUCUAGGGCCUAUCACCAGUCCGCCGGAAGUCGAAUCGGAUAACGUUUUCGAGAGGUCUUUUCAUAGUCCCACACUUCCCAGUCAUAGCACCCCGUUUCCGAGUUACCCUGGGGAUGCCGCCGAAGCUGUCGAUGAUAGUCAACUUUUGAGUCCCUUCUAUGAUGACAACGUAUACUCGCGCCGAAGAGAUCUGAGAUCUGCUCCGGCUUCCAGGCGGGUCAGUUUGAAACGUACAUUUACCGAUCUGAGUUCGUUGUCUCUACAAAGUAAACUCAUGGAAACAUUGGCACAACCGUAUUCUGCUAACGACUCUCUGUCUGCCUCCGGAUACAACCUAGGGCUGGGUAUUGGUCCUACACUUCAUACUCACAGCAGCAAAUGGACGCCGGUCUCUCAAGCCGUCUUCAGGACAGAGUCAAAGGCUCCGUGGACGAUAAUCGCCGCCAACGAUCUAGCUUGUCUCGUUUUCGGAGUUACGCAGUCGGAAGUCCGAAAGUUGAGCAUACUUGAGGUGGUUCAAGAAGAGCGGCGACAGUGGCUUGAAUCGAAGCUUCAGGACCCAACGACUGACGCGACAGCGAAGUUCCCGAAUUCGAACAUUAAACCACGCUUCAAUAUGCCCAAGGGUAAUGGGGUCACAGCACAGCUGUUGAGUAAACCGUCGUCUCGCCAAAAGGCUGGUCGUAGGGCUCAAACAGAUGAUGGUUAUGGAUCGAGUACGAGGAACGCACGAAAACCGAACCAUGCAGCAAACAAGUCUCGCGGAGUGCUUUUGUGCGGCGAUGUUGUUCCUAUCCAGAAGCGUAACGGUACAACCGGGUCGGCUAGUUUAUGGGUAAUGGAAAAGCGUGGCGGUUUGAUCUGGGUCCUUGAAGAAAUCACGGAAAAUGUGGCAUAUCUUACCUAUGAUGAGAAUGGACACAUGACAAAAGUCGAGGGCGAUACCGAGGAUAUUUGGGGCCACGAGGUUGCGAAGCUCGAUACCCCCAUUACGGAGCUCUUCCCAAAGCUACCGGCGGAAUGCGUCGGUAAUUUCGAGCGACUGGUCGACCUGAAAUAUUUUGGCGCAUGUGGCCCGGGAAAAAGCAACAUUCCAACGACGGUAACGAAGAACCCUAACGGGGAUACAAGGUCGUUACGUGUGUCUAGUUUUCCUCACGUCGCCGGUAUGAUGGUCCUGUCGUCAUCCACGCUUAAUGUUAUCAGUUCGAAUUCGGUCUUUUCCUCUGCCCUCUUUGGACAGGAGCGCCCUGAAGGGCAUCACAUUUCCGAGCUUAUUCCCGAUUUUGAGAAGCUUCUCAGUACUUUGACGGAGGAAGAUAAAGUGUCGCUCGUUGACGGUAUGGUGAUCCCGGAGCAUAGUUUCCGACGCGCGCGGGAUCUCUUGUUACUUCGAGAAAACAGAGCCAACGCCGUCUCCAUCUUUCUCGAGUCUGAAGGUCUGCCAGCGAGACAUCGAGACGGAUCUCAGCUCUCUAUCGAUGUUCAAAUGCGGAUAGUCAAGAGCGAAACCGUUUUCCCCGAUACUCAGAGUAAACGGGAAGACGCGUCACUGGAUAACCAUAGCGAUCAUGAUGAUGAAUCGGCGGAUACAAUCGCAGUAACUGAAGUCGUUUAUGCUCUGUGGGUUACGUACUCUAGGCAGAUACACGCUGGAAACCCCAGCGCUCUCUCGGCCAAUGACCAGGCAACAACGGAAAGAAAGCCAACCACAUCCAUUCACCAAACCCGGUCGGGACAACGUACGCCCUCGCCAACUCCAACAUUGCCGUCGCAUUCUAAUACUCCAUCGUUGGAUAAUAAAACUCCGCUGUCUUUACUCAGUCAUAAACUCAAUGAGGCGGCAUCUACGCCGCUGGCUGAUCGAUCUAUGCCUGAACCAGUUCGCGCAACCCCCUUGAUCAAAGAGCCGCCUAAGAAACGAACGAUUUCCGAUUAUGUCAUUAUCGAGGAGAUGGGGCAAGGAGCGUACGGACAGGUCAAACUCGCCCGACUGAAAAAGAAUCCAACCAAGAAGAUGGUCCUUAAGUAUGUCACCAAGAAGCGCAUUUUGGUGGAUACCUGGACCCGCGAUCGACGACUAGGAACCGUUCCACUCGAGAUUCACGUUCUGGACUAUCUUCGACGAGAUGGUCUCCGACACCCGAACAUUGUGGAGAUGGAGGGGUUCUUUGAGGACGAGAUCAAUUACUAUAUCGAGAUGGUUCCACAUGGCCUUCCGGGUAUGGACUUAUUCGAUUACAUCGAGCUCAAAUCCAACAUGGAUGAAGGAGAAUGUCGAAACAUUUUCAAACAGGUGGUUGGUGCUAUUCAUCACCUGCACACCAAGGCUUUGGUGGUACAUCGAGACAUUAAAGACGAGAACGUCGUGCUCGACGGCGAAGGACGGAUCAAGUUGAUUGAUUUUGGGAGCGCAGCAUAUAUCAAGAAUGGGCCCUUUGACGUAUUCGUGGGUACUAUUGAUUAUGCAGCACCCGAAGUCCUUCAAGGCAAAUCCUACCGCGGCAAAGAACAAGACGUUUGGGCUCUAGGUAUCCUUCUUUAUACCAUUGUCUACAAGGAGAAUCCAUUUUACAACGUCGACGAAAUUCUCGAUCACCCGCUUCGAGUACCCUUUCUACCAUUUUCGGAGGACUGCAUCGAUCUUAUUCGCAGAAUGCUCGACCGGGAUGUCGACAAUCGAAUCACGAUAUCCGAAGUGGCUGAACACCCUUGGAUGGUUACGAUUUAACUGAGCACGUGUUUGCUCAAUUACGACAACGGUGCUGUCAUAUAUUCUUUUCUUAUUUUUCGCCUAUGACUUAUUUUUCUGUUAUGACCCUGAUCCGACAUUGAUGAACACAAACACUCACCUACGAUUGACGAUACUCGUCUGUAUGUUCGCAUACACAAGUGAUAAGAGAUACUUGAUAAAGGACGAACGAAAGAAAGGAGAACGAAGGAGAGAAAAUCGAUCGAGUAGAGUGUGCUUUUCUCAUUGGAUAGAAGCAUCAAAACGCAAGAUACCCAUUGGUCUGCUAUUCACGGUCUUUUCAUGCUAGUGUUAUUUUUUUUUAUCCAUAUCUAUAUUUCAUGGUUUAUUGUAUUUUUCCUCCUUGAUGUUUUUGUCAUACUACAUAAAAAAUGGAAUCAUAUGAGAUGGCGUUGUUAUAAUUGCUUUGGUACCUUAGGUGUCUAUGUCUAAGCCAAAUUUGCCUCGUUCCGAACUAGACAUAUCUCUUCUAGUCAUAAGCAGCUAUAUAGAGCAUAUCGACGAAGACAUUGCGAAAGAACAACUCUUAUCUUC